AUAAUCCCGACGUCGGCUCAUGCCGCAUUCACGAAGGCGGCCGAAGUCUUCAGAAUACGCGUUAUCCGUAUUCCUGUUAAUCCAACUACGUUCAAAGUGGAUCUACGGAAAAUGAAGGCGGCCAUUACGAGCCGAACAUGCAUGCUGGUUGGUUCAGCUCCAAACUUUCCGUUCGGCACCGUUGACGACAUUGUUGGCAUAGGACAGCUCGGCCAGAAGCACGACAUCCCGGUUCACGUUGAUGCGUGUUUGGGUGGAUUUAUUCUACCGUUCAUCGACGAUCAUCACCCGUUCGAUUUUCGUGUUCCAGGAGUGUGUUCAAUUUCUGCUGACACUCAUAAGUACGGUCUGUCGCCGAAAGGCUCAUCCGUGGUGCUCUACAAGAACAAGGAGUACCUGCACAACCAGUACUUUUGCGAUGCCGACUGGCAAGGAGGAAUCUACGCGUCGUCUACC